AUGCCCAUUCGUCCCAGCGAAGCGCUCGUCGUUGAGCCUAUGGUUUAUGUUUAUAUCGUGUUCGCUCCAAACUCGUUGCUGCUUACUUGCAGAAGAAGCUCAGAUGCGUUACUAUUUGGGAAGUACAAGAUUCGUUUUUCUCCGAUUUUCAAACGAGAAACUGCACAUGGAUUCCAACUAGUUUAUACGCUUGGUAGUGUUGUAAAUUUAAGUCGAAUCCAAGACCAAGAUUGUGUUCCAGCGGAUCCAAACCCUCGAGUUGAGAUUGAUGGCAUCGACUUUUUGGAAGUACAAUAUGAGCGCAUUACUUCCCAGAAGACUGACCUGCGUAGCUGA